AUGGGCAUGUCUUCUUCAGCCAUCAUCUUCUUACUGCUUGUUACAUGUACAGUUUGCAGCACGAUUUUAUGUGUUGCUAAUUCAAACUCAUUAUCAUCAAAUGAAGAAGUUGAUGCUCUCUUAAAAUGGAAAGUAACCCUCAAAAGCCAAAAAACAAACAAUCUUAUUGUGCUCCCUUCAUGGACAAAUGAUAAUGUCAAUCUCAACUUGUCAGCACAAAAAACAGCCUCUCCAUGUAACUGGUAUGGAAUUAAGUGUAAUGAAAAUGGCAGCGUAAACCGUUUGAACCUUUCGUCAUCAUUUCUAAGCGGUACACUGGACCACUUUUCAUUCUCUUCGUUUCCAAAUCUUAUAUGUAUUGAGCUUACUUUCAAUAGCUUUUCGGGAAUCAUCCCAUCAGAAAUCCGUCACAUGUCAAAACUCUCUUAUCUUUAUCUUGGUUCUAAUCAAUUUGAGGGAACAAUCCCUCUAGAGAUUGGUGAAUUGAGAAAUCUUGAAAUCCUUGAUUUGUCUAAGAAUCAGUUGAAUGGUUCGAUUCCUACCAGUUUUGGUCAGUUAUCUAAUCUGAUAAGCUUGAGUCUAUCUGAGAAUCAGUUGAAUGGAUCCAUCCCAAAAGAAAUCGGUAACUUGACUUCACUCGAAUGGCUCGUGUUAAGCACUAACGAACUUAGUGGUCCCAUUCCUUCGUCUAUAGGUAAACUCAAAUCCCUUCUUGGUCUUCGUUUAGAUUCAAACAAACUUUCUGGUCCUAUACCACAAGAGUUGGGAAACUUAGCAUCUCUUUCUGGUUUGCAAAUAAGUAGUAAUCAACUCAAUGGUUCCAUUCCAAGAUCAUUAGGUAACCUAAAAAACUUAGAAAAACUGUUUCUGUAUGACAAUCAGUUUUCGGGGCCUAUCCCACUAGAACUAGGAAAACUGACGUUGGUUCAGAUAGAUAUGAGCAACAAUAGUUUUUCUGGCAGUUUGCCGGAUGAAAUCUGUAACGGAGGAAGACUUGAAGUCCUGAUCCUUAUUAAUAAUAACCUAACGGGUCGUAUUCCAAAGAGUGCGUACAACUGCUCAAGUUUGCGCCGAGUAAGGUUUGAUGGGAACAAGCUAACAGGAGAUAUUUCCAUGAGCUUUGGUGUGUAUCCACAUCUCUACUACAUUAGUUUCAAUGAUAACAAGGUUUCUGGCGAGCUCUCGGACAACUGGAGUAAGUGCGAGAACUUAUCAACGAUACAAAUGGGAGGAAAUCAAAUAAAUGGUAACAUACCUCCGUCGCUUGGAAACUCUCUUCAGUUAGAAGAGCUCAAUCUAUCGUCCAAUGAUUUGGUUGGAGAGAUACCAAAAGAGUUUGGAAGAAUGACUCGGAUGCUGGAACUUAAUCUAAGCAAUAACCGACUUUCUGGUGGCAUACCACAAGAACUAGGAUCGUUAACUGAAUUAACGUCCCUUGAUCUGUCAAUGAAUAAGUUGAAUGAGUCCAUUCCGUCUUCCUUUGGGGAUUGCUCAGAUCUCAUCUACUUGAACUUGAACAGCAAUGGUUUUACUAAUGAAAUCCCGAUUCAAAUAGGUGAAUUGGAAGGAUACCUUCUGCUCUAUCGGGUCUAA